UUGUUAUUGUUUACAUUACGCAUAAGAGUGUGUUUCUGCUAGGAAAGAUAACAUGUUCUAAUUUUCCAGCAAAAUGAAUUUUUCAUUGUUCAAAAGCUUUCAAGUGACAGUGAGGAAUUGUGUGAGGAAAAUCUUGACGCCCCCGACACUGCAACCUUGUAACAGCAGAGGAAUCCAUCACACUUGCAGUCGGUUUUCAAUAUUGAACACAAACCAUUACCAGAGCCCUGGCAAGCCUGUGAAUUAUCUAUCAUCGACAUUAGGACCAACUAAUUUUCUUGCACCAACAGUAGUUUGCUUCAAUCAAGUAUGUGGACUAAAAGUUAAAGGCAACCUAAUUCUGCGGUGCAAAGGUUGUUAUUAUUUUGCCAGAGAGGGUGUACUCCACGUUAUGUGCAAACUAAAGCCCAGACACAAGCAAGUACAGAUGCAGAAAAAGUUUAAAAAUAGGAGGAUCCUCACUUUUGCUCACCAAAAAAAGAUUUCAGAUUGGUAACUUGAACUUACACGUUGGUAUGGAUGAAGGUCAGACAGAGAAAUCAUGUUAUAUGAAUAGUAAUUUGCUUAAGAAAAUUUGU